AUGUGCUCCGCGGGAUGUUCGCUGCACGGCUGUCCCAAUGACUUGCCCCACCAGAUCAACACACCGAUCUUGAUUCCUUCCGCUUCCACUCCCCACUGCACUUGCCUCCAAGCUCCACUCUUCCGCCACAACCUCAAUCAAACCCCCUCUCACUGCAGCCAUGUCCGCCUACCAGAACGAGCAACUCCGUCGAGGUGCGCCGUGCCGAGUGCGCGCGGCUGCAGGCCAAGUACCCGGCGCACGUCGCCAUGGUGGUGGAGGCCGCCAAGAGCAGCAAGGCGCACUUCCUCGCGCUGCCCCGCGACGCCACCGUCGCCGAGCGCUAGGCGGCCGUGCGCGCCGCCCUCAGCAUCAGCGCCAAGAAGGUGA